CUGUUAUAACUACGAGCAGGUGCUUCUGCGCAUGUACGAAAACUAAACGUGAAUCUCUCCGUAGCGCGAAACGGCAAACAGGUCUGGAGGCGAACUCCUGAGUUGUGGUUGAAAUUUUGUGAUGAGAACGCUAGCUAAAGUUCAUUUACCAAUUUGCACAGAUGCUUUCCGCUUUGCAGUAUAUUUACUCCAAGAUGAUUUCUCCAUUGUGGAGGGAAGAAGAGCCGUAUAGAGAAAGCCCGUUCCCUUGGGCACGAGGCACGGAGUGCAUGCAGCGUCUGCAGGACAGCGUGGUAACCCAGCUGUGCCUUGACUAUGGCUUGAUAGACGGUGCAAUCUACUUCACUAAAGCAGAGGUGGCGGGCAGGACAUCACUUAAAGAAGGGGACCACGUGAACUGCAUAGUUGCACGAGAUCGUGCUCAAGGGCGAUGGAAAGCUAUAAGGGUGGAGAAGUGUGCAGAUGAUUGGGAGGGUAGAGGAAUAGCUUCCUUAGAAGCUGACAGUAUGCAGCUGCGGCUUCUAGUAGGCAAAGUCACAUCAUUUGAUGGAAAUGGUGGUUACAUAAACCAGGCUACAUACUUCUUAGGGAGCAGUCUUAUGGAAGGUUAUGAACCAAUGAGAGGAGACUGGGUUGAAGCAAACUAUUUUAUUAAUCCCACCUACUGGACCACCCAAGUUCAUUCUGUAGCCCCUUUACGAUAUUGUCGCCUAGACCAGGUGUGUGUGACCAGUGUGUAUCAUCAGAAUGGAGUGGUGGAGGACAGUGUGUUCUUCAGCCUGGACUCUCUGCUGCUCCCUGCCAACUAUCAGCCUUUGCCAGGACACCUGGUCAACCUGGUAAUGGUGGAGAGCAGUCAGUCACACUUCAAUUGGAGGGCCCUGUGCAUGGCACCCUGUCUUCCUAGUAGAAAUACUUCUCCUACAGUUAUCCCAGAGACCAAACUUCAGAGCAUCUUGGAAAACAAAGAAGGGCUGGAUGUAACAGAUUAUGGCCAGUUUGGUGAUCUGGUGAUGGGGGAGAAACGAGAGCUGGUGCUCUGGAUUCAAAAUAAAGGCUCAGAGAUACAGAGGUUGAAAUGCUGUGGUUUUGCUGACUGGGACUCAAUGGAACAGUUCACCCUGGUUACAGUCAAAGGGUCCACACCGCUCGUAAAAGAAAAGCGACAGUCAGGGUCUGAGAACUGCUCUGAGUCUUCAGAAGAACAAGUUGAUGAAAAUAAAGAAAAUGGUGAAGCAGUGAAGGAGAAAAUCCAAUCCACUGGUGUGAGGAGAGUGAAAACAGAGCUGGAUAUUCCCCCAGGAGAGAGGGUGUCUGUUGUAGUAGCCUGCCAAGGAAAGAGCCUGGGAACCUGUGCUGAGCUGCUGUUGCUGCAUUUCUCUUCUUUCACCAUUGGAAGGCACCUGGAGGUCACAGUGUGCAGCACAGAGGAGAAUCUGCUGCAGCUCUCAGUGCCCUUCAUUUUCAGUUGUCCAGUCUCAACAGUACCUACAAUACCUGCUCGUGUGAUCACUGUCUUAACUCCAAAAGGGCCACCUAGGCUAACCAGGCGGAAACUGCCAAACUUCCUGCCUAAUUACCCAGUGCCCCAGGCUCUAAGGGACUGUGUGGAGUUGGGGAGUGAUGUUCUGGUGAUUCAGCCCUGCUUAGGAGAGGUGCUGUCACCAUCCAAUUUGCGUUCACGUUUCUCAGCCCUUCUCUGGCUGGAAGAGCUGCAUGCAGAGAAGGAACUGAGAGAAUUCACAAUCAUUGGAGCCCUUCUCAGGAAAGGAGCCACCUACCUGCACCUUGAGAUCCUUGGGUUGGGUGAAAGCAGACCUCACCUCAAUAAAGGUGACAAAAUACUGUUGAAGAAGCCACUGAGGGAAGGUGUUGUGUUGGAAUGCAUUAGUUAUGUUGCAGAGAUCAAUGAUGAGGAUGUGAGUUUGAAAGUGAACUCUGAAUUUCUGCACAGCUACAUUGGAGAGCCGCUUGAUGUUGAGUUCUGUUACAACACAGUGACCAUGAGACGGUGUCACAAAGCACUUGACCAGACGAAACCUUUUGGGGAGAUUCUCUUCCCCUCUAGAGUGACUCUUCAGACCCCUCAGUGGACAGGAAAGUGGAUCGAGGAGCCAGAACAAAACAAAAGCAUGGAGAACAAUGAGGCUCCAGCUGUGCAAGACGAAAAGAUAUCGAGCAUUUCCGGUGGCAUGAAGUCAAAGGCCACACAGACUAAAGAUGGUCAAGUGCCAUCUAAACCCAUUCCUAGCAAAGGGCACUUUUUUAACCCCGACCUAAACCCCGCUCAGAGGGAGGCAGUGAAGAGGAUUCUGGCAGGAGAGUGUCGGCCAAUUCCCUAUGUGCUAUUUGGACCUCCAGGCACAGGAAAGACAAUCACCCUCAUAGAGGCCAUACUACAGGUUUACCACUUUCUUCCCAGUAGUCGGAUACUUGUAUGUACGCCUUCCAACAGUGCUGCCGACCUCAUCUGCAUUCGUCUACAUGACAGUGGCUUCUUGCAUGCUGCAAGUUUUGCCCGUGUCAACGCAUCCUAUAGACAAGAGGAGACCAUCCCAGAAGUGCUGAGGUCAUACUCGAAGGCAGGAGAGGACAUCCGCCAUGCCUCUUUUCACAGGAUUGUGGUUUGCACCUGCUCCAGCGCUGGCUUGUUCUAUAAUCUAGGACUACAAGUGGGGCAUUUUACCCAUGUGUUCCUGGAUGAAGCUGGUCAGGCCACAGAGCCAGAGACUCUGAUCCCCAUUUGCUUUGUGUCCGAGAGAGAUGGACAGAUAGUACUGGCUGGAGACCCCUUUCAGUUGGGUCCAAUAGUGAAAUCCAAGCUGGCCAAUGCCUUUGGCCUUGGGGUGUCUUUGUUGGAGAGGUUGAUGGCCAACCCACUGUAUUCCAGACAGGACUCUGGGUACAACCCUAAACUGGUGACUAAGUUGAUCUACAACUACCGUUCUCAUGAGGUCUUGCUCACACUGCCUUCCAGGCUAUUUUACCAGGAGGAACUGUGUUUUAAAGCCCCCAGGGACAUAGUAAACUACCUCUGUGAAUGGACACGCCUGCCCAAAAAAGGCUUCCCUCUCCUCUUUCAUGGUAUCAGGGGCAGAGAAAUGAGGGAAUGUCACAACCCAUCAUGGUUCAACCCAGUGGAGGCUGUACAGGUCAUGUUCUACUGCUGCCAGCUGGCCAAGAAGCUCUACAACCCGGUGGAUGCCUCUGACAUUGGCAUCAUUUCUCCCUACAAGAAACAAUGUGAGAAGAUUCGACUGCUGCUAGGUAAAGUUGGCCUUUCUGACGUCAAAGUGGGCUCUGUGGAGGAGUUCCAGGGACGAGAGUUUCUGGUCAUCAUCUUGUCUACGGUGCGCUCUAAUGAAUCAGUCCAGAUUGACGAUUUGGAAAGCACACUCGGCUUUCUGGCCAAUCCCAAGCGUUUCAACGUGGCAGUCAGUCGUGCCAAAGCCCUGCUGUUAGUGGUUGGAAACCCCCAUGUUCUCAUUAGGGAUCCAUGCUUCAGGGCUUUACUCCACUAUUCUUAUAUCAACGGUGCAUAUCUGGGCUGUGACGUCCCUCCAUCACUGAGAAGCUCUUAGAUAGUUGCAGAAAAACAAGAGGACAAAAGAUGGGUUUCUUCAGUUAUGUUAGGCUGAUGGUUUUAUGGUGGUUUUUUUUCCCCAUUUCACUCUGUUCAUUGCUCACCAGUGUUGUUCACAGUACCUUUUACUGUAAAGCUCUUAAUAAAUGUUAACUGAAUUGGGUUAAAGAGAAGUUUCUUAAUCCUGUGAAAGCCAAAUGUUCCCGGUGGCAGGAAUAAAGUUGAUUCUUGUGUACGUUGCACAAUUA